AUGAAAGAAGGUGUGGAUAUCUCAGACUUCAACCUAAGCGAUCUCCCAGAUACGGCUCCAAACUUCAUGAAACAUCCACGAGGACCCUCUGAUAAGGCGAGGCAAGCAAAGAAGGCAAAGCUAGGAGAAUCCUCCAGAUCAAGACCUCCAGCACCUCAGCAUGAGCCUUCUGGUAAGUCUGUCUCUCUUGCUCCCUCUGCACAAACACAGCAAAUUGCUUCUUCUCUCCCUCAACCAACAACUAUCUAUACUCACUCAGACACCCCGCCUUCAACCACCAAAACAUUUCAGAAAUUUAAUCUUGCCACCACCACUUUACCUCGUUCUGAAGCAAAAAUGCUGAAUGAAACCUCCUCACCAUCUUCAUCUUCAUCUUCUUCUCCAGAAUCACCCCCCUACUUCACCAUCUCAUUAGACACAGAACGCUCUGACCCCUCAUCUCCCACUCUGGCCCAACUUCACGCUCAGACUCUGGCCUCACAACAGCCAACACAAACCCAACAUCAACCUGACCCUGGAGUCACUUCACCACCCGCAGAACAACCAAACCCAACACCAUCUGACCAUCAACCCUCUGAACAAAUCACCUCUGACACACCCCCACCAAACACAUCCGCUGAACCACAAACUCUCAACCUAAGCCCCCCCACUUCUCUACCUCCACCCUCUGAACCACAAAACACCCUGCCAACCCUAGAGGAAGCAAUAUUGUUAUUUGCAAGAGCCUCAGUUGACAAGGUCAAGUCUUUGACCAUCAACUCUGGCAUCACUGAUGAUCCUUCAGCUGUUAGAACACACUAG